AUGGCAUCGCAAAACUCGUCUAUCAAGGAAGAAAGCGACGAGGAGGCCGAUUACUCGGACUCAGUUUUCACCGUGCCAGAUGGUGAUAGCGACGAUGAAAUCGACGAUGAAGAUUGGGAGGCAUUGCUGGCAGCAGAGAGCAGCGAACCAGAACCCGCGUCAGACGAUGAGGUAGUAGAGUCGCCAAAGGGGGAGGCGGAGGGUUCCAGCCAUGCACAACUAGAAUCAGCAAACACCGCACCAAGGGCUUCGCAAGGAUCCUUAUUCGGAGAAGAGGAAGACGCUAGUUGGACACUGGAACGGGUACGAAAGCGGCAGGUCAUAGACUUUUCUGACGAUGAGAGUGAUCAAAGCCCGCUGAUGCGUAGACGCCCGAAUCUAACAAAGCGCCGAAGAGUUACACUUACGCGGGGGGUCGGUAGAGAGGUUGAAGGCCGCCAGGCGCACCCACUUAGCGGGGUAGCAUAUCCGAGCCUUCCUGCAGCUGAAGAGGGAUCAGAAGGAGAUUCAUCAGGAGAAACUAGUAGUACUAGUACGAGUACAACCACGAGUAUGAGUACAGCAGUCCAGACCUCCACACCACCCGUUGUGCUUCAGCCCGCUAGCAACGCACUUAUUAGAGUACCUAAUGGAGCACCCAUGGCAGUACCCACUAGAGAUCCACCCGGCCUAACUCUCAUCGGUUCAAUUGACCUCGCUAUCCUGAUCCCAGCCCUGGCAACUCGUGCUCCCUUCCCAAUCAACCUCUAUGUUCGCGACGCUGAUCUGGGAGGCUCCGCGCAUGGAGCAUUCGCGACCAUUCUUCAAGCUUUGGCUCAUUUCUUGAGGCUUCCAAGGGGAAACUGA